AACUUAUUAAUAAAAACAUGUUUAAAUUUAUAACAAGUUCCGAUUUGUGAAUGUUGAGGUUCUACUACAAACUCAUUAUGGACCCGCUUAUCCUAAAUUCAUUGAAAACCCACAAGUUUGAUUCCUUCAAAUUAAGAACUAUCGUCUACCGGAACAAUAGCGAAAAUUUACUAGAACUUGUGGACCCACACUCCUAAGUACUAAUAAUUUGAUGAAAUAAUAACAUUUAAUUGCAGAUUUUAAUUAUUACAACGAAAUUGAAUAAAUACAAAUUUUAUCAAUCGUACAUCUAGCUAGUUCCCUACUAUUUAGUUAAUAGAAUCUAAUAUCGAUAAUCGAACAAGCCCGAACUAUACUCCAUUCCUAAAAUAAGGGGGUUUUUUAUUAGAAUUACUUAGAAACCCUCUCUCUCUCUAGCAGCAGAUAUUUCCGGACUCUCUCUCUAGCAGCAGUCAUCGACUUUUCUUUCUCCCCACCACCACCAGCGUCUUCUCCGACGACCACGACCACCAGUGCCUCCCGAUUCUCCGACGACCACCACCACUAGCGCAUCUCGGCUCUCCGACGACAUUGCAUUUAUUUUUCUUUCUUUUUUCUACACGAUUCAGCCGAGAUCCGAACUGAAAAUCACCAAAUUUGAAUUUAGCCGGUUUUUCUACACGGAAGGUGGACUAGGGCUAAGCAGCUGAGCGGUGCGGAGAGGAAGAUGAUGGCGGAUGAUCUAGGGGUGGAGGCGAAGGAGGCGGCGGUGAGAGAGGUGGCGAAGCUUCUGCCGCUGCCGGAGCUUUUACAGUCCAUCGCCUCGAUCAAAGCUGAUUACAUUGCUCGUCAACAGGCAAAUGAUGCACACCUCAGUACCAUGGUCGCUGAACAGGUUGAGCAGGCACAGGGAGGUCUUGAAUCGCUGUCCUUGUCUCAAAAGACUAUUGGUCAACUCAGAGAGAAUUUCGUUGAUAUUGAAAAGUUAUGUCAAGAAUGCCAAACAUUGAUUGAAAAUCAUGAUCAAAUAAAGCUCCUCAGUAAUGCGAGAAACAAUUUGAACAUGACUCUGAAGGACGUGGAGGGUAUGAUGUCAAUAUCUAGUGAGGCGGCUGAGGCACAUGAUUCUUUGACUGAUGAAAAGGAACUUGUUAGCACCUACGAGAGAUUGACUGCGUUGGACGGGAAACGGAGGUUUGCAUUAGCAGCUGCAUCAUCUCAUGAAGAAGAGGUUGGUCGGUUGAGUGAAUACUUUGAAGAUAUAGAUCGGACGUGGGAGACAUUCGAGAGGAAAUUAUGGGGUCAUGUUUCCAACUUCUUCAAACUUGCUAAAGAAAGCCCACAAACAUUAGUUCGUGCAUUGAGGGUUGUUGAAAUGCAAGAAAUCUUGGACCAAGAAGUAGCUACUGAAGCAGCCGAGGCUGAAGGAGGUGGUGCAGUGGAGUCUGUAGCAAAUCCUCGUAAAAAUGCAAAGAAAUCUGCGUCUUCAAGAAAUCUUCCUCAGCAGAAGUUGAAGGUUCAAGGUAAAGGCUAUAAGGAUAAAUGUUAUGAGGAAAUAAGUAAGGCUGUAGAAGCACGUUUCAACCAUUUGCUCACCGAGCUUGUAUUUGAGGAUCUAAAAGGAGCUUUAGAGGAGGCUAAGAAGAUUGGUGAAGAACUUGGAGAUAUAUAUGACUUCGUUGCUCCUUGCUUUCCUCCUAGAUAUGAAAUAUUCCAGCUCAUGGUGAAUCUUUACACUGAGAGGUUUAUUCAGUGGCUUAGGCUACUCAGUGACAGAGCCAAUGAUAUGACAAAUAUAGAGAUAUUAAAGGUGACUGGCUGGGUAGUUGAGUACCAAGAGAAUCUAAUUGGACUUGGUGUCGAUGAGUCACUUGCUCAAGUUUGUUCCGAAAGCGGUGCAAUGGAUCCCCUUAUGAAUGCUUAUGUUGAAAGAAUGCAAGCCACAACUAGGAAAUGGUACCUGAAUAUACUCGAGGCUGAUAAGGUACAAGCACCGAAGAAAACAGAUGAUGGAAAGCUGUACACUCCAGCUGCUGUUGAUUUGUUUCGCAUACUCGGAGAGCAAGUGCAGAUUGUAAGAGAAAAUAGCACCGAUGUUAUGCUGUACAGAAUUGCUUUGGCCAUAAUUCAGGUAAUGAUUGAUUUUCAAGCAGCACAAAGGCAGAAAUUGGAAGAACCUGCUUCUGAAAUUGGUCUGGAAGCUUUAUGUGCAAUGAUCAAUAACAAUCUCCGCUGCUAUGAUCUUGCCAUGGAGCUAAGUUCUAGCACACUUGAAGCUCUACCACAGAAUUAUGCCGAGCAGGUUAAUUUUGAGGAUACAUGCAAAGGCUUUCUGGAGGUUGCGAAGGAAGCUGUUCAUCAAACCGUUAGUGUCAUUUUCGAAGAUCCAGGAGUUCAAGAGUUACUUGUAAAGCUGUAUCAGAAAGAUUGGUUGGAAGCACAAGUAACCGAAUACCUAGUUGCAACAUUUAGUGAUUACUUUUCGGAUGUCAAGAUGUACAUCGAGGAAAGAUCGUUUAGGCGAUUCGUCGAGGCAUGCGUUGAAGAAACUAUUGUCGUCUAUGUUGACCAUCUGCUUCUCCAGAAAAAUUAUAUCAAAGAAGAAACAAUUGAAAGGAUGAAGCUAGAUGAAGAGGUUCUCAUGGACUUCUUCCGGGAAUAUAUUAGUGUUUCUAAAGUUGAAAAUAGAGUAAGGGUACUUGGUGAUUUGAGAGAACUUGCUUCAUCAGAGAGCCCGGAUUCUUUCACACUUGUGUAUACAAAUAUUCUCGAACAUCAACCAGACUGUCCUCCAGAGGUGGUUGAAAAACUUGUGAGCUUACGAGAAGGCAUACCAAGAAAAGAUGCUAAAGAGGUUGUUCAAGAGUGCAAAGAAAUAUACGUAAAUUCUCUUGUCGAUGGUAAUCCUCCAAAGGCGGGUUUUGUUUUCCCUAAAGUGAAGUCCUUAUCAGCUUCCAAAGGCGGCCUAUGGAGAAAACUCACCUAGUCCGAAAGGCAAUGAAUCAGUUACGAGGUACUGUGUAUAUGAUGAGUGCAAUCAAUUGAUUUGUUAUGUUAAUUUAUGUUAUUUCUCUCACUAAAACGAACUGAAUUUGAAAAAUCUUAUGAAAUUUCAUUUUUGGUUUGUUAUUUUUUAACGUGUAUCAUGAGCGAUUUGAUUUGUUAUUUUUUAACUCGUCGAAACAAGCAAAUACUUUCGAGGCAAAGUCAAAAUCGUAGCGACUUGAGGCAAAUUCUAGGCAAUUUAUUUUUGCAUGUACCUUAAUUGUGUCAUUUGAGAUUAUUAAGUCUAUUGUAUUAUAAAAUUUUAGUUGUCUUUUAUGUGAAUGAAUUUUUCAGACUU